UAGCAUGGAGCUGCACUGAACACUGUAAGUUUUUUUGAUGACGGUACCAGCUUCCAAAAAUUCCACUUACACAAGUUCUUUAGUUAGUUUGUGUCUUAAACUUGUUGUCCAGCUGCUGUCUCUGUGCUGAUGAAGUUUUUGAGCUGUAGUGCGCAUGUGAAUGGCUGGAAAGUUAAGCAGCAGGAAGUACUGUCCAACUCAUUUCAUGUCUGUCAUGUGAUUAGAAAUCCUGUUGGUGUCUCUUCAGAUUUCCUGUCACCUUCUCUUACAAAACAAAGAUGUCCCUCCUCUUUAGCAGGGCGAGGCCUCUGUAAAUGCAAACAAAACGUAUGAUUAGAGAAUUGUUUCUGUAGUCAUGAAGAACUUGUCUUGCAGAUGGUGCCACGCUUGAGAAAACUGGCAAUUGAGAGCGCUAACAAGCGUUACUACAGAUGAACUCCAGACAGGGGCGGUAUCCUGCUGUGUCAGAAGAGAAAUAUGUCAACCUGGUUGCAAAUUAUCCCAACAGCUUAAAGCAUUUUGUUUGUGACCUCGCUGUACUAUUCUGUACCAAGUACAAUACACACUGCCCCACUUACUGAUACACAGGAAGAACUGUAAGGACAGACUGUGCAGGUCACUCCCAGGGAUGACCAGCGCCCAGCUGCUGAACUCCACAACCAAAGAAUCGGUGUUUGGCGGUGAGCCCUCCCACAGGAUGGCAUCAGCCACGGUCCCCCAGAGUGUUUUCAGCCCCUCACCCACCACUCCGGCUGUCUGGCCUCCGCUGGAUUUCGCCCUGGGUGCUCUGGCCUGCUGCGCCGCCUGUGUGUUCACCAACCCGCUGGAGGUGGUGAAGACCCGCCUGCAGCUGCAGGGGGAGCUUCGGGCUCGGGGGUCCUACCCGGUCCACUAUCGGGGGGUCUUGCAGGCCCUGUGGGUGGUGGGCCGUACGGACGGGCUCAGGGGUCUGCAGAAGGGGCUGUCAGCUGGACUGAUCUACCAGGGGGCCAUGAACGGAGUGAGGCUGGGCUUUUACUCCUACUGCGAAUCUCUGGGUGUGACCCGGUUCCACGGGGGGAGUCUGCUGUCAGGGGCUGGAGCCGGAGCUCUGGGGGCCUUCUUUGCCUCUCCUGCCUACCUGGUAAAAACUCAUCUGCAGUCUCAGACUGUGAACACCAUAGCAGUGGGACACCAGCACAACCAUCUGGGAGUGUCUGAUGCCUUUGUCACCAUCUAUAGAAGAGAAGGCCUUAUUGGUCUUUGGAGGGGUGUGAAUGGAGCUGUGCCUCGAGUCAUGGUGGGAUCAGCUGCCCAGCUGGCAACCUUCACCUCAGCCAAGGAAUGGGUGUCACAUACGCAGUGGGGUAACUCGAACAGAUGGCUAACGGCGCUGAUAGCUGCCGCCAUCAGUGGAGUUGCUGUAGCCAUCACCAUGACACCAUUUGACGUUAUCAGCACGCGGCUCUACAACCAGCCAGUGGAUGAGUUCCACAGGGGGCGCCUGUAUCAGGGGUUUUCCGACUGUAUGCUGAAAGUGUGCGAAGCCGAGGGCCUGCUGGGCUUAUACAAAGGAAUGGGCCCUGUCUUCCUUCGCCUUGCUCCACACACCGUGCUUAGUAUGCUGUUCUGGGAUCUGAUGCGGCAGCACGCAGUAAAGGACAACUAGAGUUUGAGAAGAAUCUGAACCAAGCAAAAACCUGCAAACUGUGUACCUGAGUGGAUUCUUUUAAGGAUAACUUUCCCUUUAUGUAGGGAAACAGUGUGACAUGGAUAUCUAUAUUUUUCCUUUCUAGUUGGAACUAACAUGUAAAGACUGGUGAAGGACAGCCUUUUGGCUGCGACCAAUAACUUCUUGAAGUUUUGAGUUGAUCUACUCUGGACCAAGACAGAACCUAGCACACAAUUGCCUUUUAAGAUGGAAAAUAGUUGUGUCAAUUAAUUUGCACAAAUUAACUUUGAAAUCAAAACUCAGUCUAACGUGAAGUUGUGGAACGUUGGAAUUGUUGGGAACAGCCAAGCCAUGUACUCCACUUUAAGUCAUUUGGCUAAUGCCUUUCAGUUGUGUAUUUUGAUUUAGUAAAUGAAUCAAAGAUUCAUAUAGAACAUAUCAGCUUUCUAAAAUGCAAAAAAACAAAACGCCUCUCUUUUGCUUUCAGUGAGUGACAUUCUGCUUCAGUAGGCACUGAAGAAAAAAUACACUCAAAGGCACUUAAAAAAGACCAGGCUCAAGUUGCAUGAAUCAUACUGAGAAUCUGCCAUCAAUAUGAAUUUUCCAGAACAGGUUUUAACUCUCAAUACCUCAAUGUAUGUAUUUUAAAUGGAUUUCAUCGGCCUCUAACAGAUAGGCUUGUCAGUAAAGAGUUCACAACAGCACAUGUCUGGAUGACAAAAAAUGACCUAUCUCUUCUAUGAAAACAAAAAAGUCUGAUGAGAUUUUAAAAGAAAACACUACCUGGAAAGCCUGGACUGUAACUUUGUCAGACUUUUAGUCAACACUUUUAAUCCAGGCAUCUAAACUGCAAGAAUAAUUUAUAAUAAAGAUGUUAUUUGUUAAAUAAAAGUGUUACGUGUGUUUAUAUGUCUUUUAAGGUGGAAUUAGUCGAAUACACUAUUUACUAUAUGUUAGAUAGCUGUACAAAUGAUAUCAUUUGAAAAUGUGGAAACUAAAUUGAUUAAAAAAUAAUAAUAAAAUAAGAAAUGGGUGAAAAAACCUAAGAAGUAU